CUUGUUUACACUUUACAGUGGAACUUCAUUCAUUGACCAGCAAUUAAGGACGUAGGGACGGUAGGCGAAGUGUAAGUUCCCAGGAUUAGAUAUCGUUCGCUGAAGCUUAUAUUUAGUUAAGUACAUACUUGGCAUUAGGAACAGUUUCCACUCACAGCCAUGGAAGACCAAGCACUUGAUGUGGAGGAGGCUCGUUUGGAUGAUGACAUUAGCUUCUUCACUGACAUUGAUGAGCUACAAGCUCAUGGAAUAAAUGCAGCUGAUAUCAAGAAACUGAAAUCAGCAGGAAUCUGCACAGUGAGAGGUAUUCAGAUGACCACAAGAAAGAAAAUGUGCACUAUCAAAGGGCUUUCAGAAGCAAAAGUGGAUAAGAUUAAAGAGGUUUCUGUCAAAUUAGGUGGUGGAGAUGGUUUUGUAACUGCUCUUGUGGUUUCUGAACGCCGGCGACAUAUUUUCAAGGUGAGCACUGGAUCAGCUGAAUUGGACACACUCCUUGGAGGGGGAAUAGAAAGCAUGGCCAUAACUGAAGUCUUUGGGGAAUUCCGAACAGGCAAGACACAGUUAUCUCACACACUCUGUGUUACUGCUCAGUUACCCAAUGAAGCUGGAACAUACACAGGUGGAAAGGUCAUCUUCAUUGAUACAGAGAACACUUUUAGACCAGAACGUCUACGGAGUAUUGCAGACCGCUUUAAUCUGGAUCAAGAUGCAGUGUUAGAUAAUGUUUUGUAUACUCGUGCCUUCACUUCUGAGCACCAGUUUGAAAUUCUUGAUCAUGUAGCUGCACAGUUUCAUGAAGAACCUGGCAUAUUCAAGCUGCUGGUAGUAGAUUCCAUUAUGGCAUUGUUUCGUGUGGAUUUUAGUGGUCGAGGAGAAUUAGCAGAUAGGCAACAAAAGCUAGCACAGUAUUUGUCAAGACUCCAGAAAAUAAGUGAGGAAUACAAUGUUUCUGUAUUUAUUACAAACCAAAUGACAGCAGAUCCUGGUGCAACAAUGUCUUUUCAGGCUGACCCAAAGAAACCCAUUGGUGGACACAUAUUAGCCCAUGCUUCCACUACUCGUGUGGCUCUACGAAAAGGACGAGGAGAAACAAGAAUUGCAAAAAUAUAUGACAGUCCAGAACUGCCAGAAAAUGAAGCUACAUUUGCUAUAACUGCAGGUGGUAUUGCUGAUGCUAAAGAGUAACUUAAUCACUAAGAGACAUGAAUUAUUAUAGCAUUCUAAAAUUGCGAAUUGCAUAUAGUCUUACUCAUCAGGUUAAUGUACAUAAUUAUUGUAUUUAUAUAAGGGAUUUCCUGCCUUUGGAUGGAUGAUUUACCAUUAAUUAGCAUGUAUUUAGAAUUUCAACCAAAUUUGGUCUUAAAAUUUUUAAUAUGAAGCUAUUGAGCAGUUAAGUAUUUUGACAACUUUAAAGGUGUUGUGAUACGAGGGCACAUUUCUCUAGUUUCAUUUGACUGCAGUUUUCUUUAAAGGCAAAAUUCACUUAAAAUUCAUAAAUGGGGAAACUUAAAUUCUUUUAUGAUACAAGGUGCUUAAUUUAUGUUUGUUGUAAAGGUAAGGAAGAUGAAAGACAAGACUAAUGAAAUUUUCAAUUUUAUCUUUGUCAAUAUAAAAGGGGAAAAUACA